CGGCCACCACGCCGUGGCCUUGGUUCGUCUCCGCCUCCACGCCCCCCAUAUUUCCCAUUCCUUUCCCUGCCCUGCCCUGCUCCCACCCACAUCUCCACCUCCACCCUCUCCAUCCACUCCACCGGCGCAUCGGGGUGUCUCCGUCUCCGUCCGUCCGGCCGGCGUGGUUUUCUUCCUUCCCGAGCCGCGACGAACGCGCGACAUGGCCACCGCCGACGACGCGGUCGCCGCCGACAUCAUCUGCUCGCUGCGCGGGGCCGACCUGGCCGGGUGGACGCCGCCGUGGAGCAAGCGCGGGAGGCCGAUGGAGGAGGCGAGGGAGCUGUCCUGGCCGGCCGUGGCGCGGGGGAAGCGCUCGCGGCGCCGCUCCCCGGCGUCGUCGUCGGCGACGGCUGCGGCGGGGGGUAAGGCGGCGAGGUGCGCCCGGUCCAGCCCGGCCUCGCCGCUCGACUACAGCGCCGGCUCCGCCUCCCUCCGCUCCGGCGCGUCCACCAGCGGCGGCGAGGACGGCGCCUUCUGCUCGCCGUGGCACCGCCGCGCGGCCACCGCGCCGGCGACGGCGACGACGAAGACGACGACGAAGGUGGGCUCCAUCCGACGGCCGCAGUUGACCUUCCAGGCCCCGCCUCCGCGGCCCGCCGGUCAGAGGCAACGGAAGAAAAUGAGGCUGCCGGAGGUCCAGCAGCUGGUGCGGUCGCUCGCCGUGGAGAACGAGAGCCUGCACGAGGAGAUGCGGGAACUGCAGAGGGCUUGCUCGGCGCUGUCGAAAGAAAAUGACAAGCUUGAGACAAGAAUAGAGCAAUCCAACUCACGGAAUGAAGCCGCAUUGAAGGAGCAGAAGGGAAAGCAGCAGCAGCAGCUUGAUCAGCAGCAGCAGCAGUCCCCACAUGACAGCUUCGCGCUACCAGAUCUCAACCUUCCUGCGCAGGACGGUGCUGAUGGGUCAGCCCCUUGUUGAGCGCUCCAGACCGCCGCGGCUUCGCUAACCGAAUAACAAAGUGUACAUAGAGGUAGCAGGCUUAGCUAGACGAGGAGGGGCACGGGACGGGAGUGUCAUCCAAAGAAAAAGAAUGGCACAGAUUUCAUAAGUUUUUAGAAUUUUUACUGGGUCAGGUCAGGUGUCACCAUCCUGAGUGACAAGGUCAGGUUGUAGCUAAACAAAAUGACUAAUUUAGCUCAUCUGCUAAUUGUUUCUUACCUACCUACUAGUUCUUCUAUAUUCCAUAGAGCUGGGGUGGUACAGCUCAAACCGAGUUACACUGUGUAGCCGAUUUAGAUGCGUUUAUUCGUGUUGCUUUGUUAUAAGUGAUGAUGAAAAUGUUGUCUGUGCAGAUUUGGUUACUGUAUGAAGUGUUUGAUAACUUGUUA